GCGGACGCCAGUGUCCCGGCCGCGCUCCGCCGCACGCACGUGUCGCCAUGUGUCUCUGACGCGAGCGCCGAUCGCGACCGCCGUACGACGUAACAUUGUGCCAGGAUCUGAACCGACGGAUGUGUAGCUCGCUGUGAGCGUGUGAUGUGAGUGAGUGGCGAGUGAGGAGUCGCCGGCUGCUGCGGGCCGGACCGGCCUCCGGGACUGAACCGAGGCGAUGUGCGCGCGCGGGUGGCGCCGCCACGCGCUCACCACGGCGCUGCUGCUCGCCGCACAUCUCAUCAAAGUGCUGUCGUGCGGCGAGGCUGGGGCGACGGGGGGCGCGGCGGGGGGCGCGGGGGGCGCAGGGGGCGCGGGGCGGCGCGCGCGGCGGUACGUGGGGCUGUACACGGGCCCGUACUUCGACCCGGCGGCGCCCAACAACAUCACCGCGCAGCUCGGCACGCACGCCUACCUGCCCUGCAAGGUGCGGCAGCUGAGCAACAAGUCGGUGUCGUGGAUCCGGCGGCGCGACGCGCACAUCCUCACCGUGGACCGCUUCACGUUCAUCGCGGACGAGCGCUUCCAGGCCUUCCUCGUGGAGGCCACCGACACCUGGACGCUGCAGGUGAAGUACGUGCAGGCGCGCGACGCGGGGCUGUACGAGUGCCAGGUGGGCACGGAGCCCAAGAUGAGCCACUUCGUGCAGCUCAACGUCGUCGUGCCGCGCAUCGAGAUCGCGGGCGAGGCGGAGGUGUACGUGAAGGCGGGCUCCACGGUGCGCGUGGCGUGCGUCAUCACGCAGGCGCUGGAGGAGCCCGCCUACAUCUUCUGGUACCACAACGACGAGCGCGUGCUCAACUACGACCGCGCGCUGGUCGAGAUCCGCAUGGAGCGCCGCGCGCCCGACACCACCAUCGGCAACUUGAUAAUCUACAACACGCGGCGCGAGGACUCGGGCAACUACUCGUGCUCGCCCUCUAACCUCGACUCCGCCUCCGUCGUGCUGCACGUGCUCAGCGGUGAGCAGCCGGCAGCCAUGCAGCACGGCAACAGCGCGGGGGCGGCGCGCGGCGGCGUGCGGGGCGCGCUGGCGCUGGCGGUGCUAGCGGGCGGGGGCGGCGGCGCGCAACUCAUGGGGGCGCUCACUGCCGGGGGCGCGCGGCUGGCGGGGGCGCUGGCGGGGGCGCCGCGCCGGGCACUCCUAGUAGUGCUUGUGGCGUGCCUCAUUCUACUCCCUCAGUCCCUGGCAUGUCACGACGAGGACGAACACUAGCGCCACGUCGCGAGCGGCGACGCCGUGGCGACACUGUGGCGACGACGCCAUGCCGGCGCCGUGGCGACAGUGUGGCGACACUGUGGCGACAGUGUGGCGGCGCUGUGCCCGUCGCCAGGAACAUUGUUAGUACGCGACGCGUGAUGUGAUAUGAACCAAGUGAGUGAGUGCGAGUCGCGGCCGGUCCGAGGGGUGCUACACCUCUGUAUUUAUUAGAUACAUUAAAAUUUGUAAAUUGUACAUAAAACCUACUACUAAGACUAAAAAACUAUAUUGUAAUUAUAAAUUUAUAGUGUAAGAAUCGAGCAAAGCCCGCCCGAAACCAAACCAAUAAAAUGGAAGAUGCUAAAGUAUCUUCUGCAUAAUAAUGUAUUACCAAAAAAUCAAACUACCAAAAUAUAGCAUAGUAACUUUAUCACGUGCACUAAGAGGCAUUUAAUUAAUGUAUAUCCGUUGUUAUCGGACGACGACAAGAGGCGGGUGCGCCGGGAGCUUGCAUCACUUCUCUAGUCGCACCGCAGUGUGCGGACAUCGAAUUCAUCUCAUUAACUAGUCCAUCGACUCAUUUUAAAACAACAAUCUCUGUUGUAUCAUAAAUAAAUAAAUAUAUUUGAACAGGAAUUGUGUACAUGUUCUUAUUUUAAGACUUGUAAAUAUUACGUCGAACAAUGUUUGCUGAAUAAAACUAUGAUGCUUCGUAUUUUUAAAUCUUCGUUCCUUUGUAAAGUUUCAUUCACACGAUACGAAGCUUCAUAGAGUUUUAAAUUAUUUCAAUGAAAUAUUGUUAUAUUGUCAAAUUAAAUUUUGUGAAAAUAUAUUAUGAAACAUUUUGUUUUUGAGUGGCAGGGAUUUUAUCAAACCAAAUCAAAGACAAAAUGUUGACCGACGCCGUCUAUGAGUGAUGAUUAUAAUCAAACUAAAUAAACUAUAAAAGAGACUUGUGAGUAAGUUUUGAUUCGUUGACAUUGUUACUGCCUCUCCUGUAAAUAUUUAAUCUUAAGUUAUACCAAUAAAGAUGAAAUCGUUGAAACAUU